ACUUUCCUCUCAAAAUCGUUUCUUCUUCCAAAACAAAAACAAAAACAAAGAGAACGCGUUUAAAACGUUCCGACAAAAUUCAAAGAAAAAAAAAAAUAAAAGAUCCGACGAUGCCUGGUUCGACCCGAAAAGAAACGGAUCGGAUAAAAGGUCCAUGGAGUCCCGAAGAAGACCAACUCUUGCAGACGCUAGUGCAAAAGCACGGACCAAGAAACUGGUCUCUGAUAAGCAAACCGAUCUCUGGACGCUCCGGUAAAUCUUGCCGUCUCCGGUGGUGCAACCAGCUUUCUCCGGAGGUUGAGCACCGCGCUUUUUCGCCGGAGGAAGACGAGAUGAUCUUACUCGCGCACGCGAGGUUCGGUAACAAGUGGGCCACUAUCGCUCGGCUUCUCAAUGGUCGCACCGAUAACGCGAUCAAGAAUCAUUGGAACUCGACGCUCAAGCGGAAAUGCAGCGGCGGCGGCGGUUGGACGUCCGACGACGGUGGAAACGGAGGGUAUGAUGGUAGUUUAACGGAUGAGCAGCCGCUGAAACGGACGGCGAGCGGCGGCGGAGGUGGCGGAGGAGUUGUGUCGACGGGGUUGUUCAUGAGUCCCGGGAGUCCAUCGGGAUCUGACGUCAGCGAGCAAUCUAGCGGACCUGUUUCGCAUGUUUAUAAGCCUAAGGCGAGAGCUGGUGGUGUGGUGAUUGAAUCUGCGGUGAAAGAUCCGGCGACUUCUUUGAGUUUGUCUCUGCCUUGGGUCAACGAGUUAACUAAGGGAAGGGACACGGCGGAGCUGUUUCCAGCGAGGAAACAAGAGGAGGAGAGGGGAACAUUUAGUGGGGAGUUCAUGACGGUGGUGCAAGAGAUGAUUAAGACGGAGGUGAGGAGUUACAUGGCGGAGUUACAGCUAGGAAUCGGCGGCGGAGGAAGUUCGUGUAUGGUGCAAGGAGUUAAUGGCCCUAGUGUAGGGUUUAGAAACUUUAUUGAAAUUGUGAAGAUUGAGUAGUGAGAUAAAUUUAAUAAUACUGAGUUUUAUUCUUA